AUGGGAGAAGUGGAUCCUGCAUUCAUCCAAUCCCUUGAACACCAGCCCAAACUUGACAUCACUGAAGCCGAAGGAAUCCCGUUAAUCGAUCUUUCUCCAUUGAAUUCUUCUGAUACUGGUCCUGAGUUUUCAAAUUUAGUAGCUGAGAUAGGUAAUGCUUGCAAGAACUGGGGUUUUUUCCAGGUGAUCAACCAUGGAGUGCCAUUAAAGUGUCGUGAAAAGAUUGAAUUAGCGGCAAGGAAAUUCUUUGCUUUGUCGAAAGAGGAGAAGAAGAAGGUCGGUAGAGAUGAAGUCAACCCUUUGGGAUAUUAUGAUACUGAGCACACUAAAAAUGUUAGGGACUGGAAAGAAGUUUUUGAUGUUACUGUAAUGAAUCCAACAAUUAUUCCAGCUUCUCAUGACCCUGAGGAUAAGGAGCUUAAAGAGUUGAUCAAUCAGUGGCCUGAAAAUCUUCCAGAACUAAGGGAGGCUUGUGAAGAAUAUGCAGCAGAAAUGGAAAAACUAGCUUACAAGAUACUCGAACUCAUUGCCUUAAGUUUAGGCUUGCCAAAAACUCGAUUGAAUGGCUUCUUUAAGGAUAAUACUAGCUAUAUCAGGCUCAAUCACUAUCCGCCAUGCCCUUCUCCUCAUUUAGUGCUUGGUGUGGGUCGACACAAGGAUGCUGGUGCCUUGUCAAUCCUUGCUCAAGAUGAGGUUGGAGGACUUGAAGUGAAGAGGAAAACAGAUGGAGAGUGGAUUCUUGUCAAACCUACUCCUAAUGCUUAUAUUGUCAACGUUGGCGACAUUAUCCAGGUUUGGAGCAAUGAUAAGUACGAGAGUGUGGAACAUAGAGCGAUGGUCAAUUCUGAGAAGGAAAGAUUUUCAAUUCCAUUCUUUGUGCAUCCUGCACAUUAUACUUGGGUGGGACCCCUGGAGGAGCUGAUAAACGAACAAAACCCUGCCAAGUACAAGGCUUAUAACUUGGGAAAGUUUAUUACCACCCGAAAACGCAGUAAUUACAAGAAACUUGAUGUCGAAAACAUUCAAAUAUGUCAUUUCCGGAUUUAG